AUGUCCGAAACAACACAGCUGCAGACGCAGCAAGCGGCGGCACCCCAGAGUGCCGCCAACCCAAAGCCCGCGAAGGAGCUCUAUCCGAUGGUGGGCUGGAAGUAUGAUAGCUUCCUCUGGAUAAUGUCGCUGCUGGAGGACACGUUCUUUCGCGAGGUGCAUCCGCGUAGUGCUUGGAGAGUGCCCAAACAUGGCCCUGUUCUGUUCGUGGCUGCCCCGCAUGCCAACCAGUUCGUCGAUGCUCUCGUUUUGCUGAGAACACUACAGAAGGAAGCCAAAAGACGAGUUUCGCUGCUUAUCGCGCAAAAGUCAGUGUCUGGCUUCAUCGGAUGGGCAUCUCGCCAGGUGGGCUGCGUGCCAGUAGGACGACCGCAGGACUCGGCGAAGCCCGGUCGGGGCACUGUUUACCUUCCCAACCCAGUGGAUGACCCUACGCUUGUUCGUGGGAUCGGCACCAAUUUCACUGAAUUUGGAGAGGUGGGCGGUAUCAUCUUCCUACCUUCGGCUAAGGGUCAGAGCGGAGAAAGUUUGGAUAUCAGCGAAGUUAUUGGACCCGAGGAGGUUCGCAUCAAGCGGCCGCCCAAGGGGAAGCUGGCCAUGUCACAACUUACUGGCCGUGAUGAUGUGGAUGCGAAUGGCAAGCUUCUCAACAAGGAGGACAAGAAGCCCAGGGAGGGGUAUCAGGGCAUCAAGUACAAGAUCGCGCCGCAUGUGGACCAGUCCAAAGUGUUCCAGGCCGUGUUUGAUCGUUUGGCGUCUGGGGGUUGCGUUGGUAUCUUCCCUGAGGGAGGCAGUCAUGAUCGGACUGAGCUGUUGCCUUUGAAGGCGGGUGUGGCGCUGAUGGCGCUGGGAACACUGGCGGAUCAUCCUGAUUGCGGCCUCAAGAUUGUGCCUGUGGGCAUGAAUUACUUCCACGCUCACAAGUUCCGCUCGAGAGCCGUUGUGGAGUUUGGGGCUCCUUUGGAUAUUCCGCGGAACCUGGUUGACGCGUAUUCGAACGGCGGGACGGAGGGGAGACGUGAGGCGGUGGGUCAGGUCUUGGACAUGGUACACGAAGCCCUGAGCGCUGUCACCGUUUCGGUGCCCGACUAUGACACCUUGAUGGUUAUUCAGGCUGCGAGACGGCUUUACAACCCGACCGGCAAGCCACUGCCGCUUCCUGUGGUCGUCGAACUUAACAGGCGGCUUGCCUUGGGCUACGAGAAGUAUAAGGAAGAUCCGCGCGUCAAGGAGCUCAAGGAGGCGGUCACCGAGUACAAUAAGCAGCUCCGGUACCUCGACAUCCGGGACCACCAGGUUGAAAAGGCGAAGCUUUCGUGGUUUACCGUUGUCGCAACGUUCCUCCAGCGCGUUGUGAUAUUGUUUCUUUUGUCUGCGGGUGUGAUUCCGGGUCUGCUGCUUUUUGCGCCCGUGUUCAUCGCCUGCAAGGUCAUCAGUCACAAAAAGGCCAAGGAAGCCCUCGCUGGCUCUGUGGUCAAAGUCCAGGGCAAGGACGUCAUUGCUACUUGGAAACUGCUGGUCGCCUUGGCUUUGGCUCCUCUCUGCUACAACACCUAUGCCAUCAUCACGCUUUACAUGGUGCACAAGCACCGGUAUUACGGCUGGGUCCCUGAAUGGGUACCCUUCUGGGCUGUGUACAUCGCCUGCUGCAUCUUUUUCAUCCUACUCACCUUUGCCGCAUUGCGCUUUGGAGAAGUUGGGAUGGAUAUUCUGAAGUCUCUGCGGCCACUUGCCCUUUGCAUCAACCCUGCGUCCAGUUACAAUGUGGCCAAGUUGCGGGAGAGACGCGCCGAGCUGAAGGCGCAGGUGACGGACAUCAUCAACACGAUUGGCCCCGAGAUGUUCCCCGACUUUGAGCACAGUCGCUUGUUGGCUCCAGCUGAUUCCGCCGCCCGGGCAGCAGCUCGCAGGGAAGCCGGUGUCAACAGCCCGCCCAUCUCACCCAACCGGCCUUCCUACGACCGCCGUUCCAGCUAUGGCGUCUCAGUCAACGGAAGCGACAGCCCGCCAUUCCAGGCACCCACAAGAAGGAACACCACCUCCUCCAGCCGCAACAUCCCCUACAACGAAUCAUUCAGCAACAUCGCGCAAGCGCAGAUUUUUGCUACCAGGCCGACGACGCCUUCUAAUCACAGUCGGGCGAGCAGUUCGGGGGGCAGGCCGGGAUCGGCUGGUUUCCCGGUGGCUGGGUUCACGACGUUGGAUAGCGCCGAGGGAUUUGACGAGGCGAGCAAAAAGAUUAGGGCUGCGAUGAAGGAGAGGGGGGAGAUGAGACGGCGAAAGAGCCAGGCGAGGCAGUUUAUGAUGGGGGAUGAGGGGACUAGUGAGGAGGAUGGGAGUGAUGGGGUUGAGUUUGGUGAUCGGAGGAAGGGGCAGUGA